AUGAAUUUAGAUUUAAUUAUUCCUUUGAAUAAGAAUAAUCGUGAAAGUUUAUUCUUUAUUUCUAAUGGUGAUAAUAAUUUGGCAGUCCCUGGUGCUACUGAUUUGACUGCUUCUCCAAUUCAUGUUCCUACUUUCGUAUAUGAUACUGCAGUUUCGACUAAAAGUGUUACUGCCAUUGUUUAUAUGGUUCCAAAUCAACCAAUGAGUUAUAAUUCAGAUCCUACUCAUGCUACUCGUGUGGAAGAUGCUAUUAUUGGUUAUGGAUGGAAUCGUUUCUUACAAAACACUACCAAGGCCAAUCUCUUGUAUGUCACUCAACUGCCACAAGUCAAGGGAAAUAAGAUGGCAAUGGAUACUGUUGUUUCCUUUGUUAAGAAACAAACCAAUCACGUCAUUGAAAAUUUUACAGUCAGUGGUGCUUCAAAGAGACACUAA